GGCUGUCCGAUCUGCCUCCCGGUUCAAACGGGGCUGGCGUCCCGUGUCUCUGUUCGAGCCGAGCCGCGGGGUUACCCCCCCGGUGUCUCCCCGCGCCUCUCUGUCUCCACGGACUCUCGACGCGGGGUCGCGACCCCCCCCCCCCCCGGCUUAGGACGAGCGGCCCUGCUGAAGCCGAACCGCAAGGCUCCGGACCCUCCCCGCCGAUCUCGACUAGCGCGCCCCGCCGGGGAGGACGUGUCUUGCUCGACCGAGCUCUGUAGGCCGCAGGGGCCACCCCAACAUCCCCCCCCCCCGGGGGUUUUCACAGCCAUGGCCUUCCUCAACUUUCGCAAGUUCUUCAAGCUGGGCCCCGACAAGAAGAAGCCCAAACAGUACGAGCACGUGAAGCGGGACCUGAACCCCGAGGACAGCUGGCUGAUCGUGGGCGAGCUGGGAGACGGAGCCUUCGGCAAAGUGUACAAGGCUCAGCACCGCGAGACUGGGCUGCUCGCCGCCGCCAAGGUGAUCGACACGAAGAGCGAGGAGGAGCUGGAGGACUACAUGGUGGAGAUCGAGAUCCUCGCGUCCUGUCACCAUCGCAACAUCGUCGAGCUCAUGGACGCUUUCUACUACGACUUUAAGCUCUGGAUCCUCAUCGAGUUCUGCCCUGGGGGUGCUCUGGACGCCAUCAUGCUGGAGCUGGACCGGCCCCUGCUGGAGCCACAGAUCCGCGUCGUGUGCCGCUACACGCUCGAGGCGCUGUGCUACCUCCACGACAACAAAAUCAUCCACCGCGACCUCAAGGCCGGUAACAUCCUCCUGUCGCUCGACGGCGAGGUCAAGCUCGCUGACUUUGGAGUUUCCGCAAAAAACACCAAGACCCUGCAGAGGAGAGACUCGUUCAUCGGCACUCCGUACUGGAUGGCGCCGGAGGUGGUGAUGUGCGAGACGUUCAAGGACUCUCCGUACGACUACAAGGCGGACGUGUGGUCGCUGGGCAUCACGCUCAUCGAGAUGGCGCAGGUGGAGCCGCCCAACCACGAGCUCAACCCCAUGCGCGUGCUGCUCAAGAUCGCCAAGGGCGAGCCGCCCACCCUGCUCGCCCCGUCGCGCUGGUCCCCGCAGUUCAGCGACUUCCUGCAUAAGGCACUGGACAAGAACCCUGAGACGCGCUGGUCUGCCCCACAGCUGCUGCAGCACGCAUUCGUGAGCGACGCGGCCGCGGUGAAGCCGCUGCGUGAGCUCAUCGCCGAGGCCAAGGCGGAGGUGAUGGAGGAGGAGGUGAUGGACGAGCGGUCCGAGGAGGACGACGAGGAGAGCGAGGGCACGCCCUCGAUACCUGGACACAAGCGCGCAGCCUCUGAUAUCAGCGUGUCCAGCCUGGAGGACGAGAAGCCACUCCCGACGCCUGCCGUGACCUCGGCCGUGACCUCGGCCGUGACCCCGGCUGUGACCCCGGCUGUGACCCCGGCCGUGACCCCUGCCGUGACCCCGGCCAUAACCCCGGCCGUGACCCCCGCCGUGACCCCCGCCGUGACCCCUGCCGUGAUCCCUGCCGUGACCCCCGCCGUGACCCCCGCCGUGACCCCCGCCGUGACCCCGGCCGUGACCCCCGCCGUGACCCCGGCCGCCACCCCUGUAGUCGUGCCCGAGCCCGUAGCGGAACCGGCUGAGACUCGUGAAAUUGUUGCCGAGAUGCCCUCCGACAACAGCAAACCAGAGGACGGCGUUGCCACGGUGACCGGGUUGGCCAGCAUCGUCGCCGCAGAAACGGAGGAGCGGUCCGGCGAGGGCGGUGACGAAGCUGCGGUGGCAGCGGCGGCGGAGUCCGGUGAGGAGGUGCCGCUGAAGGGAGCAAUGCCCUCGUCGCAGUCCGUCGAGGUGACGAUCGCGAUGCUGAACGAGGUGAUCGACUCGAUCGAGUUUGAGGACGCAGAGGAGGAGAGCGACGAGGAGACGGACCCCGCAUCCCAUGACAAGAUGGCAUCGGCCGCGGGUGGCUCUUCGGACGACGUCGCGGUCGCGGAAGCCGCGGUGGCCGCCGCCGCCGUAACCAAACCGAGCGCCGAUGGCGCGGUGAGCGUGGGCGGCGAGGAGGAGGCGGUGCCGGCGGGGGCAGCGGUGGCGGCGGUGGCGGCGGUGGUGGGCGUCGCGCUACCGCCUCUGCCCCGAACGCCGUCCGUGCAGGAAGUUCCGGAGCCGCCCCCGGAAUUCCGGGACGCGCCGCUGAGCGGGGAGGAGGGCGGCCGCGACACCCCCCCGCCGCCGCUCGAGUUCAGAGACGACAGCACGGAGGAGGCGUCAGCGGCUACCGGAGAGACGGGCCAGGCCGAGACGGAGGCCCUGGCGGCGCCAGCGGCGGUGCCGGCGGCGGCGCCGGUCGGCGCCAAGGCCGAGGAGGAGCGGGAGAAACAGGGGACGGGGGCGGAGGAAUCGCACGAGCGAGCGGAGCCAGUCCCCGCCUCCCGCAAGGAGGAACGGAGGAGCGACGAGGAGGAGGAUGAGUCGGCGGGGGGGAGGGGAACCCCGGAUCCGGCGGCGCCGGAGCCCGUGCGGAACGGGCGUGCGGGCGACACGGACAGCUCGGGCGCCUCCAUGUCAGAUACGGGCAGCGUGGACAUGAGCCUGUCCAUGUACAGUGCGUUGGCGCGCAGCAAGGAGGCGGGCGGCGGGGGGUCCCUCUCGCUGCAGGAUAUGCGUCGGGAAAAGAAGACCCUGAAGCGUACGCGACGCUUCAUGGUGGACGGUGUGGAGGUGAGCGUCACCACGAGCAAGAUCAUCAACGACGACCACCGCAAGGACGAGGAGAUGCGCUUCCUCCGGCGGCAGGAGCUGCGUGAGCUGCGGCUGCUGCAGAAGGAGGAGCAGAGGGCGCAGCAGGAGCUCAACAGCAAACUGACGCAGCAGAGCGAGCUGAUGCUGCGUCGCUCCGAGCAGGAGGCCAACUCGCGCAAGAAGCAGUACGAGACGGAGAUCGAGACGCUGGAGCGGCAGCAGAAGCAGUCGAUCGAGCGGCUGGAGGCGGAUCACACGGCGCGGCUGCGCGACGAGGCGCGGCGAAUCAAGGGCGAGCAGGAGCGCGAGCUGGCCAAAUACCACGACGUGCUCAAGCACCGCCGCAAGGAGGUGUUGAGUGAAGUGGACAAACUUCCCAAAGAGCAGAGGAAAGAGCACGCAAAGCGCACCCGGGAGGAUCUCGCGCUCAGGCAAAAGUCCGAGCUGUCUCUGGGUCCACAGGGCCUGGCACAGAUCCCUGUGCACAGCUUUCAGCUCUCCUCCCUCUCCCUGUGCAACGCCAAACUGCCCAGUGAGACGGAGUUCAUCACGAAGCAGCAGCAGGAUCUGGACGCGGCGCUCAAGAAGAUCAUCAUGGAGCACAAGGUGGAGGUGGCGGAGACGGAGAAGACCUGCCUCCACAACAAGCAGCAGCUGCUGCGAGCGAGGGAGGCCGGCAUGUGGGAUCUGGAGGAGCGGCAGAUGCAGGAGCGCCACCAGCUCAUGAAGCAGCAGCUCAAGGAGCAGUUCUUCCUGCAGCGGCACCAGCUGCUCAAACGCCACGACAAGGAACAGGAGCAGAUGACACGCUACAACCAGCGCCUGCUGGAGGAGAUGAAGGCACGCCAGGCGCAGGAGCGCGUGCGCCUGCCCAAGAACCAGCGCAGCGAGGCCAAGACGCGCAUGGCCAUGUUCAAGCAGAGCCUGCAGAUCAACCCAUCCAGCAGCGGAGAAGGCAAUCGCGACCGCAUCAAACAGUUUGCACAGCAGGAGGACAAGCGGCAGAAGGCGGAGCGGCAGCAGCAGCAGCAGAAGCACGACAACCAGAUGCGCGACCUCGGCAUGCAGUGCGAGGCGAACAUGCGCGAGCUGCAGCAGAUGCAGAAUGAGAAGUGCCACCUGCUGGUGGAGCGGGAGACGCAGAAGCUCAAGGAGCUGGACGAGCAGCACAGCGGGGAGAUGCGCGAGUGGAGGGACAAGCUGAAGCCUCGCAAGCAGGUGCUGGAGGAGGAGUUUGCGCGCCGGCGCCAGGAGCAGGAGAUGUUCUUCAAGAUGAGCAGCGACUCGGAGUGCGUCAACCCCGGCACCACCAAUCGCGUGUCGCGCUUCUACCCGGUGCCCAGUAUGGGCGCCAGCGGCGUGUGAAGGGAGCGCCGUGAUUGCUCGCUUUCUCUCGCUCUCUCGCUCUUUCGCACACUCGCGCAGGCACGUACCGGCACGUAUAUUUAUACACGCACAUACACAUGUACACACCCAUACACAGCCGGGCGAGCUGCUCACACACAGGCAGGGACAUGCAUACAUACACACGCAAGUAGCCAUACACAUACUUGUACACAUGUUCACAGGCAUAUGCACACACAAAAUAAUCGCUUGCGCACCUCCACUCACACACGCAACAAUAACUGCCAGUGACGUCACCAUAGCGCCUGUGCCAGGCUAGGUGCACUUUGAGGCCACACACAGACUGAAACACACCUCCACUCACACACCCAACUUGCAUACUAAAACCGCUCCACACACACAAACCUUCCAUUUAUACACGAAUACAAAGAUCCCUUCGAUAGCCUUGACUGACUGUUGGGGCAAGUUCUGUUAGCGAGCACCUAUGAAGGCCGGAACGCCACACGAGAGGGUGGGUGGCCAGCACCACGCCCAGCCCCCUUUGUCUCCCCAGUACCCGCAUCCACCCCCCUCCAACAACAACAACCGCCGUUCGCCAUCAAGUGGCGGUGACAUCACCGAGGCUCCCUCCACACACACACCCUCCGCUCACUCGUACUCCCGCUCGCCCUCGACUCGCAGCCACUUGCAUACAAGGCCCUCUGCUCGCCCGUUCCGCACUCACACACUCACCCACUCCGCACUCGCACACUCGUCCGCUCCGCGUUCCGCACUCGCCCACCCCUUCCAGAGUUCCUUGCCACUGCCAUCGCCACGGGGGGGCAAGACGCGACCGCACUGAUGCACAGCUCGUGUGCCCCCCUCUCCGCGCAGGGGGGGUGCCCUCCGCUCUCUCUCUGCCCGUGGCGCGGAGACCCCCACCCCCACGGUCGACAUGCAGUCCCCCGUGCGACGUUCUUGGCGCACGGUUUGCGCGGCGCCGUUUGUUGAAAUUACCGACGGGGCCACUGGGCUUGGUCACCUCCACCAUGCACCGGGAAGCCGGCUCGAUGACCCCGGCCCGGGACCCCCACCCCGACCCCGCUCGUGUUUGCCGCCCGCCCGCGUGGGUGGCGGUGUCCGUGAGAUCUUAAACUAAAGCGGGGCGCGCGUGUUGCAGCGGCGCCCUCCUUCGUCUUUUUUUAAAUGUUCGGAUCGCUGCGUCCCGGCACUGAGCGCAGUGCUUGAUUUAUUACUUUAUUAUUAUUGAUUGUUGUUAUUGUUGUUAACAAUGGUAGUACUUACCAACAUCAGCAGCAGGAGCAGCGGCUACGCGAGUGUAGAUGCCGACUCCUAGAGCCGACACGGGGGGUGCGGGUGAGAAGGGCGGGCGGCAGGAGUCCUGUUGGGGGUUUGUGGGGGGGGGGCGCAGGGGGGUGAGAUUGUCCCGAAAAUGGCUCGGCCUGUUGCACCAGGUGAGCCCCCCUCACCCCCAGCCCUCCCCACCCCCGUCUUGACGUUGAGCCCCCCCCCCCAUGCAGCAGUGCGAUGAGAGGCUGUGGACAUCGGCACGGAAGAUGAAACAACAACACAUGCACCCGUGCUCUGGUGGGGCUCGGGCCAUGGGCAGGUUCAGUGGGAGGGGGGUGAGCACGAGUGCCUUGGGUGGCUGAUUGGUGGGAGGCAGGUGCCCGUCUCGUGCUUUUUGGUUGUGCGCGGGCCGACGGUGGCGGGACCAAGUCUCACGGCUGGUUUGGGUACCGCGAGGUUCUGGUUGGGUAGUGCGUUAGGUGCAGGUUUAUUGUCAUUUGCAGGGCUGGUUGUCUACUGCGAUUGGGGAUUGGGGUUCGCCUCUGGUUGUUAAUUGCUUAGGGACGGCCCCGUGCUCGUGGCUAGCGGGCCGAGUUGGCUCGGGUUGGAGCCAUCGAGCGCUUGCCGAGUCGGCUAGGCCCCCGGGCCGCCUGCCCCGCCUGCCCCGCCUCCCCAUCCGCGACUUUUCGUCUCCCCUCGUGUCCGGAGCCGAUGGCGCCGCGGCUCUCCGCAUCGGCGACGGCGCCUGGGCCCUCCUCGCGUUCACCGCGCGAGCGCCGGAGGAGUCGCACCGCGCGACUCCGCCGUGUCCAAGCGGCAUAAGUCGCACGGAACAGAAGUCGCGCGGCCGGAAGAUGCCGCGCGCCGAUUUCCUCUCGACUCUUGCCGUGCCGUCGCCGCUGCGUGCACGGAGCGGCCCCGGUGGCUCUCCCUCGUCGCGCUGCCCGUGAACUCGACGAUGGGAAUAAAAGUCGGCUGUUUGUAAA